AUGGCGCUAGAAAUAACGGUAAAGCACAUGACAAGCGGCGGAGUCGUUGUUUCUUGUCUUUUUGCACUUGUAUUGUAUUCUGUCGUCUUUGUAGUGUACAGAAGAUAUCUCCACCCUCUUUCAAAGUAUCCUGGGCCAUUCCUUCAUUCAGUUUCUGGGCUUCCAGCCGCUUUGUCGCUCCUGCGCGGUCGAUAUGCGUUUGACAAUAAGUUGCUUCACGAGAAAUAUGGGCCAGUCAUUCGCAUCGGCCCAAAUGAGCUUGCCUUCUGUACCUCGCAGUCAAUGCAGGAUAUUUACGGCUUUCGCCCGGGACAUCAGAACAUGAAAAAAUCUCCGCUCCACACAGGGCCGGUCAAGGUAGGACAGACUACGACCCUUCAAUAUGUGCCAAGCGAUGAAGAUCAUGGACGCCAAAGGCGAGCUCUAAGUCAUGCCUUCUCUCACCAAGCACUCAUGGAUCAGGAACCAAUUAUUCAAGGCUACAUGACCAAAGUUAUUGAUCAUUUACGAGUUCUCGCGAAAGAGAAGAAGUCGUUUGACAUCUGCGACUGGUUUAAUUACUUUACCUUCGACACGAUGGGUGACCUCGCCUUUGGAGAGAGUUUCGGCUGCUUGGAUCGAGGCGAGUACCAAGAAUGGGUGGAUAUGCUGUUUAUGACGAUAAAAGACGGCACAUUGAUACAAUUCUCGAGGCGAGUUGGGGGCAUAGGCACCUGGGCGCAGUCAAUCCUGAUGCGUAUUCUUGGUGUUGGAGACGCUGGGACGUAUCAUGUCCAUCACACGCGCGAAAAGGUGCUGAAGCGGUUCAAAAUGCAAGAGAUUGACCACCGUGACUUCAUCUGGUACAUUCUGCGACAGAAAGAAAAGGGGUUCGAACUGACCCAAGACGAGAUCAUUGCCAACGCGGGCCUUUUCAUCGUGGCUGGAAGUGAAACGACCGCGAACGCACUGUCUGGUCUCAUGGCCCGCUUAAUUUGGAACCCACGUUGCUACGAGCUGCUGACGAAGGAGCUCCGUAGCACAUUCUCCUCGGAUGAUUCGAUCACGUUCAAGGCAAUUUCGAACCUACCAUAUCUGAACGCGUGUAUUGAGGAAAUAUUACGAGUUCACCCACCUGUUCCUGCCGGUCCACCCAGAAUAGUGCCUCCAGGCGGCGACACGAUCGACGGUAUCUGGGUGCCCGGCGGCGUCACUGUAUCGGUUGGCCAAUGGUCAGCUUGUCACAGCUCGACGCAUUUCCGAAGCCCGGAUGAAUUUCUGCCGGAGCGCUGGCUGGAUCCCGCGUACAGCAGCGACGUGAAGAAAGCUGUUCAACCGUUCUCUGCUGGCCCACGAAAUUGCCUCGGGAAGAACCUUGCCUACAUGGAGAUGCGACUGGUGGUCGCACGGCUGCUGUGGAAUUUUGACCUGAUAUCUGUGGACGGUGCUCCACUUUGGGAUCCCUCUGGGGAAAUGAGAUAUAAGAAAGCGUUUAUGGUCUGGGAGAAGCAACCUAUCAUGGUUCGAUUGAAUGACUUGAGAGCUCAUUGA